CCACUCGGGUGUUCUAACUGUAAAUGGAAUGGUAUCUGUCCUUGGCUCACUUGAUGCAGUAAACAUUGGUGGGCAUAAUGUUGCACAGUUGAAGAGCAACAUCGUCACUGAUGAUGCAGACUCGAUUAUAUCGUCAGAUCUGAGCUUUGCAAGCUUAACUGUGAAGGACUCUGUCAGUACUGCUAACAAGAUUGGUGCUAAUGGCCAGAAUAUAAGCAGAAUCAACGAGAAUGCAGUGUUCCUGGCAGGUAACAAUGCCAUGACAGGAUCUGUUACCUGGGGUGACCUGGACCUACAAGGUGAUGUUGCUGUUGGAGGACUUGUCAAUGGGAAGGACCUGCAAGUGGUGCACAAUGAUGCUGUGUAUACAGAUGCAAGCUCUGUUCAAGUAACUGGUAAAAAGACCUUUGCAGAAUUUUCUGUGAAAGGUAAUAUAAACGCCGAAACCACUAAUGGAAUAGACUUGAGUAAGAGAUUGGUAACUCUUGACACAGACCAGGAUAUCGUGGUACCCUACGAGUUCUUCACUCUGCAUGCAGAGAAGAACCUUAAUCUUGGUGGAACAUUUGAUGCAGUAGAUCUUGUAGCCUUGGACAGUACAGCUCUGAAAGAAUUGCAGGAUGAGACUAAUAACAUCUACCUUGAAAAAGUACAAGCAGGCACCAUUAACAUCCUAAGAAAUCUAAAUGCGGUGAAUGUAAAUGAUAGGUUAAAUGAUGCAGUGAGGCUCCAAGCACAAGAUGUUAAAAUUUCUGGUAAAAAGACUUUCCAUAAAGACACUACAUUCAAUAACUUGGAUGUUACAACCCUAAAUGGCGAAGACCUGACUUACUAUUUGAGUCAUGCUGUAAGAAAGAACCGCCCAAUAAGUCUUGCAUCAAAUAUCAAAGUAAACGGGUUAGUGAGUGCACCAUCGGUCACUGCAAACUCUCUAACAAUAGAGGGAACCGUGGAUAAUGUAGAUUACAAGACCUUAAUGAAAAAUGUGGUUCUGCUGGAUGAUUCAAAGAGUCACGUAUAAAACUGGCAUUCGAAGAUGACGUGUCGGUAAAAGGUGCCCUUGGCGCUACAAGCCUUAAUGGUUUCGACUUGGCAACCAACUACCUCACAACAAACACCAUGCAGAGUCUUUCUCCAAAUGUGGAAUUCGAGAGCAUAACCACUGCUAGUAUUACAGUUGAUGGAUUCGUUAACUCAAAGAAACUGCCGGAUGAAGUCGCAAAUACACUAAAUGUAAAUGGCGGCCAGACUGUUACUGGUAUGAAGAGCAUAUCUGGGGAUUGUCAAUGUAGCAAAUAAUGUGGAAGUGACAGGUAAUAUCAACAAUAUAAAGAUGGCUACCGAGGCAAUAUACCUAAAAGACGCAUCUACAGUAAAUGGACGCCUAAAGUUCUCUAAUGGAUUGCUUACAUCAUCUCUGACGAGCAGCACCAAUAUGAUAAGCG